AUGGAUGCUCCGAAAUAUAAAUGGCAGACUGUUCACCCUGUUGCUAGCCCAAGGUCCAAACGGCCACCGUCGUUCCUCUACCGCCUUACACGCUUAUACGAUAUGCUUAACCAGAAGCACACCGCGGCGGCUAUCGUCGCCGCCUUGUGCGCUACCAGCUCCCCCAUUGUCCUGGCCGAUGUCAAUGCGGGCUUUAACGUGCGGACCGCCGCUGAUGUUGCCGUGUCGCACGCCUCACACUCGUGGGAAUGGGGCACCACGGCGCAGGCGCUCCUCGAACUCGACAACAACGACCUCUCCGUUUUUGGCGACGAACCUUUCCCCAACGGCCAGAUCCCCCACGCAGACCCAAACAUCCGCGCGCUGGCGUACGUCAAGCCGCAUAUCCGCCGCGACGGCCAGACCCUAACCGAGGACAAGGCCGUCGGUGACCCAGCGUCCAUGGGCGUCUCGGCGCUGCUGCUCGGCACAUCGGAUAGCGUGUACAAUGGCGCCGCGGACCGGCAGGCGGACUAUAUUCUGCACAAGGCGCCCAAGUUUUCCAACGGGGCCAUCUCGCAACGUGCAGAUGUUAAAGAGCUCUGGGCCGACAACAUGGCCAUGUCCUUUCCUUUCCUUGCAUAUUAUGCCGUCUACAAGAACGACCGCAACGCCAUGAAGGAGGUCGUCCGCCAGUGCGGCCUCUACCGCGACAUUCUCAAAAUCGACAAGUUCCUCAACUGGCGGCACAUUAUCGGUCCUCAGUCCCAGGACGAGGGCCUCUGGUCCACCGGCAACGGCUGGGCCGGCUACGGCAUGGUGCGCGUGCUGUACACCCUGCAGAAGUGGUCCGGCUCGCGUACGCUGCACGACGAGCAGGGCAAGCUUAAAACCUGGAUCAAGGAGAUUCUCGACGGUGCCAUGCUGUCGGACCGCGAGGACCUCGGCCUCCUCCGCAACUACCUCAACGACGCCGGCUGGUUCGGCGAGGUUUCCGGCACGGCGCUGCUGUCGGCGGUGGCGUACCGCAUGGCCGUCAAUGACCCCGCCAUGUUUCCGCAAAAGUACAUUGACUGGGCGGACCAAAACCGCCGCGCGCUCGGCCAUCAGCAGGGCGGCGACGGCGUCGUUGUGCCCGCGGUGAACCCGCUUGCGUGGAAGGACCGUAACAAGUUCUACGGCGGCUCGCCAGAGGGUCAGGCCUUUAUGGUGAACCUGUACACUGCCUACCGCGACUGCGUCAACAAGAGCAUCUGCCACAACUAG